AGGAAACAGGCCAAGUAGGCAAUGCAGUGUCACUAAGCCACUCUUGACUUCAAAAACCUCUUCUAUCCCGUCUCUCAGGGACACAAAGAGCAGCAGCUAAGAGGCACUGGAAAGUUACAGGUUCAAGGUACCAGGUUCCAUCUUUACCUACAACCUUUCUGUGACGGCUAGUGCCAGUUCAGGCCUAGCUAGGGAUGGCAAUCGCUCACUGUCAGGGGCACCUCAGACACAAUCGUGUUUGCACAAGCCAAAGUCGAACUCUGCUCUCCGCAUACAAAAAGCGCCCCUCCACAAGGAUGACUUACCAGACCCAGGGGGCCGAUCUUGGGGGCCAGGGCAGACGUGGCACCGACUUCCCCACCGGUGCACCUCAGGUACACUGAGAGAAAGAAAGGAUCAGUGCCUCCGCAAGGGGAGCCCCCAAGUCACAGCCCUCCCAACGCAUCUUUCCGGGCCUGGCCACACCACCUUCUGCCUCUUCUCAAAACAGCCCCAAGAGGGCUUCCCUGGUGGCGCAGUGGUUGAGAGUCCGCCUGCCGAUGCAGGGGACAUGGGUUCGUGCCCCGGUCCGGGAAGAUCCCACAUGCCGCAGAGCAGCUAGGCCCGUGAGUCAUGGCUGCUGAGCCUGCGCGUCCGGAGCCUGUUCUCCGCAACGAGAAAGGCCACAACAGUGGGAGGCCCGCGUACGGCAAAAAAAAAAAAAAAAACCCACAGCCCCAAGAACCUCGGGGGGAGCGAGGCAGGACACCCCUCCCCGCAAGACGUGGACCGCUCCAAGCGCCACGUGGGACAGCGGCCUUCCGCUUGGCUACCGCUGCAGAGGCCCACACCACGCCGGCGUGGAGGAAGCCCCGGACGCCGGCCAACGCAGCCUAGGGGGACGUGCCCGGAGACAAACCUUACCCUAAGGGUGGGGGCUGCAAAGCCGCCCCCGGUCGUCCGGUCCUGCUCCCCCAUCUACAGGUGGGGAAGCUGAGGCCCAGAAAGCGGGUCGGCCAGGACCACACAGCGCCCCGAACGCAGCACCAGAGGGCCAGCCUCUAGGGGGCAGCGGCUCUAAAACCCGCCGUGGGAAAGGCAAUUGCGGCGGAGGCCGCAAGCCGGACGGAACGCGGGGAGGGAUGCGCCAUCCCGAAGCCCCGGCCACAUCUAAAGCACGCACCGACUUUGAUCUCGUUGGGGUCGAACUUAGGCGGCAUGGUGGAGGCGGCUGGUGUCGGAUGAACCCGGAUUCGGGACGACCGAAGAAAGUUGCACCUUAGCCUCCUCCGAGCCGAAUACCGAAAGACCGGAAGGUGGGGCACUUGCGCCAGUUAAAGUCCUGAAAGCGCGGAUCUCGCGAGAACUGCCGUCUCCGCCCCAUCUUGCAGCGACGCCCUUGGUGCCAUAUUGCUUGUGGGCAGACACCUAAGGCUGAAGGCUGGAGAAGGAGGCACCGCGAUUCUGCGGUCUUCGGUCUCAGACUUCGUCAUCCUGGUCUGCAUGACUUUCGGAGAUUGAGUUUUGGUCCCCAGUUCCUGCGUUUGGAGGAGAGCAGACUGUGGCUCCGCCGGGCCCGUGCCGGGUGGUCUGUCACCCGGCGUCCAUGACCAAGACCUGCGAGUGAUCGGCCUGCCUUGAGGUCCACCAGAGGGAACGAACGUCGGAGACCUGUGUAUCCGCAAAGCAAGUGUUGUGAAGAUCGCUCUAGGAAAAAGGAAGGAUGCCACUCUUCUUCCGGAAGCGGAAACCCAGUGAGGAGGCUCGGAAACGGCUGGAGUACCAGAUGUGUCUGGCAAAAGAAGCUGGGGCAGAUGACAUUCUUGACAUCUCUAAAUGUGAGCUCUCAGAGAUUCCAUUUGGGGCUUUUGCAACAUGCAAAGUUCUGCAGAAGAAGGUGUUGAUUGUCCACACGAAUCACCUCACUUCCCUGCUUCCUAAAUCCUGCAGCCUCCUGAGUCUCGCCACCAUCAAGGUUCUGGAUCUUCAUGAUAAUCAGCUGACAGCCCUUCCUGAUGAUAUAGGGCAACUGACAGCCCUCCAGGUCUUGAAUGUGGAAAGGAACCAACUGACGUAUCUCCCGCGUUCCAUUGGGAACCUGAUCCAGCUCCAGACCCUCAACGUGAAAGACAACAGGCUGAAGGAGCUUCCAGACACCUUGGGGGAGCUUCGGAGCCUGCGUACUCUCGACAUCAGUGAAAGCGAGAUUCAGAGGUUGCCGCAGAUGCUGGCGCACGUUCGAACCCUGGAGACUCUGAGCCUGGACGCAUCAUCCAUGGUCUACCCCCCACAGGAGGUGUGCGGUGCCGGCACUGAGGCCAUUCAGCAGUUCCUCUGCAAAGCGUCCGGGCUGGAAUACUACCCCCCUUCUCAGUACCUGCUGCCAGUCCUGGAGCAAGAUGGAGCCGAGAACUCCCGGGACAGCCCCAGUGGGCCCACGGACAGGUUCUCUAGCGAGGAAAUAGACUGGCAGAAUAGGUUCUCAGACUAUGAGAAGAGGAAGGAACAAAAGAUGCUGGAGAAACUCGAGUUCGAACGGCGCCUGGAACUCGGGCAGCGAGAGCACGCCCAGCUCCUUCAGCAGAGCAACAGCCAGAAGGAUGAGGUCCUUCAGACGGUCAAGGAGGAGCAGUCCCGGCUGGAGCAGGGCCUGAGCGAGCGCCAGCGCUACCUGGACGCAGAGCGGCAGCGGCUGCAGGAGCAGCUGAAGCAGACAGAGCAGAACAUCUCCAACCGGAUCCAGAAGCUCCUGCAGGAGAAUCAGAGGCAAAAGAAAAGUUCUGAGAUUCUGAAGUCGCUGGAAAAUGAAAGAAUAAGAAUGGAACAGUUGAUGUCUAUAACCCAGGAGGAGACAGAGAACCUACGGCGCCGUGAGAUUGCCUCGGCCAUGCAGCAGAUGCUGACCGAGAGCUGUAACAGCCGGCUCAUCCAGAUGGCCUACGAGUCUCAGAGGCAGAACCUGGUCCAGCAGGCCUGUUCCAGCAUGGCUGAAAUGGAUGAGCGGUUCCAGCAGAUCCUGUCCUGGCAACAGAUGGAUCAGAACAAAGCCAUUAGCCAGAUCCUGCAGGAGAGCGCCAUGCAGAAGGCGGCCUUCGAGGCUCUCCAGGUGAAGAAGGACCUGAUGCAUCGGCAGAUCCGGAAGCAGAUUAAGUUAAUAGAAACUGAGUUAUUGCAGCUGACACAGCUGGAGUUAAAGAGGAAAUCCCUGGACACAGAGGCACUACAGGAGAUGAUCUCGGAGCAGCGCUGGGUCCUGAGCUCCCUGCUCCAGCAGCUGCUCAAAGAGAAGACACAGCGAGAGGAGGAGCUCCGGGAGAUCCUGACGGAGUUAGAAGCCAAAAGUGAAACUAAGCAGGAGAAUUACUGGCUGAUUCAGUAUCAGCGGCUCUUGAACCAGAAACCGUUGUCCUUGAAGCUGCAGGAAGAAGGCCUGGAGCGCCAGCUGGUGGCCCUCCUGGUGGAGCUGUCGGCCGAGCACUACCUUCCCAUCUUCGCCCACCACCGCAUCUCACUGGACAUGCUGAGCCGGAUGGGCCCUGGGGACCUGGCCAAGGUGGGCGUCUCGGAAGCCGGCCUGCGGCACCAGAUCCUGCGCAGAGCCCAGGAGCUGCUGGACGCGACCAGGGCCCGGCCAGAGCUGCCGAAACCACCCCAGGGCGAGGUCCUCCCCACGGCCCCUGAGGAGCUUCCCGAGGCAGUAAGACCAUCGGCCCCCUGCGCGGAGCUGGAGGCCCAGACCUCGGAAUGUGUUGUGUGCCUGGAACGGGAGGCCCAGAUGAUCUUCCUCAACUGCGGCCACGUCUGCUGCUGCCAGCAGUGCUGCCAGCCCCUGCGCACUUGCCCGCUGUGCCGCCAGGACAUCGCCCAGCGCCUCCGCAUCUACCACAGCCGCUGAGCGCCGGCCGCCGCCCGGGCCUGACACCUCCAGCCCCACCUCUGCUACCUGCGGGCCCAGGGCUCCAGCUCCCGCUCUGUUCUCCAUGGACUAGUACGGGCCCCUCUGUCCUGGCCCAGGCGGAGACAGGAGUGUUCCUGACCAAGGACAGAGCCAGCGUGAAUACCGUGGAGGAGAGAGGACCCCUCGCCGCACGAGGACAGGGUCUGGGGGGUGGGGUACCAGCAUGCCUCCAUCUGAGCACAGGCCUGAGUGUCUCAGCUGCCUCUGGCAGUCACGCCCCCCCCCCCCAGGAGCCUCCUCGGGAGCCCGGGCAGUGCUGUCCCACGGGGCAGGGUGGUGGGGGUGCAGGAGGGCCCUGGCCGAGGGGAGAGGUGGGGAGGCCACCGUGUCCUCGGACUGCCUGGCCAGAGUGUGUUCAGGGCGGGCCUGGUGCCACAGCGACGUCGGCCCCCCCUCGCCUCCCUCUGCUCUCCCCGCACGCUGGGCCCCUCCUCUCCCAGCUCUGCACCUCCUCACCCCACGCAGCUCCAGGGCAGGUACUGAGCUUUGCAGACCCAAAGCAGUAACGUCAAUAAACCCAUCUCCAGCCGCC